AUGACUUUCAUCGCCAUCGUCAUCUUCUUCCUUCUUUUCAACACACCAUCCACAUUAUCACAAGUAACCUCUGCUGAAUUAGCUGUUAAAAUACCAGUGGUCGCCGCAGAUGUAUCAAUAACUGCAACAGAAUUGAAAACUGGGACCACCACAAAAACUAUAGCGGAGAUAACAGGCGAUUCAACAACGACUUCAGCAAACGCAGCAACAGUUGCGGCAAAUGAGGCAACAGCUGAGGUGGCUACAACAACGGCUGCGACAAAUACAUCAACAAUUGCUGAAGAUACAAAAACAAUUGCGGUAGAUACAACAGCGGCUGUGGUAGUCAUAACAACUGUUGCUACAGAUACAACAAAAGAUGCAACAAAUACAAAAACAAUUGCAGUGGAAACGGCAGUAGCUAAUUCUUUGACAACUGUUGCACUUACAUCAGUAGUUGGUACAGCCAUACCGACAACUGAAGCAAAUAAAUCAUUUUCAGAUGAUGCAACAACUACAACACCAAGAUGUUUCAGUCCAUACAAGUUCUGUCUAGACGGAACAAGAGUAUGUGCACUUGUUGACAACAACACAAACAACAACAGCACAAACAACAUUAACGUCUUUACCGUUACUGCAUCGGAUAUCAACGACAUUCUUAGCGCAGGACCAUCUGCAGACAAAAACCUUUUACCAGUCAAAUGCUCCUGGCUAUGUGGAUUGGAUGACUCGUGCGUUGGAUUCAACAUUUACACGGAAGGUGUGCUAGCGUUGUGGUAG